CAAAAGAAUAGACAAGCAACCGGUGAAAACAAACAAGCGCGAAACUGUAACAUUUGAACAAUGGAACGUUGCAACAUUGUAACACUUCUUUGUCUCUGAGGAUUCCGUUCCGAAGACGUUCAAACACUCCGAGGAGUUUGGAAACAAAGCGAAUGUGGAUUUGUUUUGAAGCAGCUGAGUGUGCAUAUUUCUGGAUACGGUUGUACCGAAAGGAAACGGGGGAAAACGUCAGGAUACGACGGAAUAAUAACGGCAAUGCGCGGUUAUCUUUACUGCGGCGGUAUUUUACGUUCGGAAAGCGGAAGUUUGAGGAGGAUUGGAUGGGAAAGUUUGCUUUAAAACCGAUACUGUCAAUGGAUUUACAGGAAUGUCACUAACAGAAGGAGAACUUGGGUUAUUCGACCUAAUGCUUCUUUUGAAAACGCAAUGCAACAUUCGUCUGUUGAGAUUUGACUUCUGUUGCUUCGGUUAUGGACGCGUAACCGGUUAAUACGCAUAUGUUAGUCAUCGCUUCUGUUAGUGCAUACUCUGCUCGGAUAACCAUACGUUUACAAAUGGGAAUAUCGUGGUUUCCGUAAAGGUCAUUGCGCGUCCCUUGAGUUCUUGAUAUAAACUUGGCUCGGUCGUACAUGUGCUUCUGGUUAAUUUGAUCGUUGAUGGCUUUUUAUAUUGCUCGGAGCGUUUUGGAUAGGAUUUACACCGCACCGGUUGAUCGGGGGACAUUGAUCUCCGUGAUUUACCGUUUAAAGCAUCGGGAAGAGGAGACUGUUGGGACGCAAGCGCGUCUGGUGUCGCUGGACUCUUGUGAAUGUUUUCUAUUUGUGCCCAGGAUAUAAAGCCCCAUCUCGUUGUCUUUUUUCCCUGGAGUCCUGUGUCAUUUAUGCCUGCGUGAGGGUUGAGCAGACAGGCAUGCAGCUGAAUCGACCCAAGAGCGCUCAUCUAACCAGUGAUCCGUCCUAUUCCAGCCAGUUCAAAACCAUGCGCUUCUCCUACCACAUCAGCAGCCCUCAGCCUGCCCUGCGCAGAAUAGGCCCUUCCGUAUCCAGUCCACAGCUCCUAACCAAGAGUCUGUCCCUUGAGCCAGGCCCCUGCCUCGGAGCCCAUGAGACCCCGCAGCGACUCUGUUCUGACCCGGGACCCCUGGAAUCACAGCACUGCAAUGGCACAAGUGAAAAUGGGCCGCAGGAUGUCCCUCCGCUACCACCUAAAACACGGCCACCCUUACCUGGGCCAAAGCCUCAAGUGCCCCCGAAACCACCUCAUCUACAGCAGCAGAGCGCUCGACGGCCACGCCCCCCAGACAAGCCCCUCCCCCCACCGCCCUCCCGUCCGCUCCCCACCGACCCCCGCCAAUCACGCGCCACCUUACCCAGAGCAGAGGGAAGCUCCUCCCCCACUUGUGUUCUCUCGCUUAUCGAGAAGUUUGAGAGGGAGCAGAUCAUAGUGGUACCAGACAUCACAGGGGGAGUGAUGUGUACCCCACGGGUCCCCGACCCCCAGGACGCUGCUCGGGCAUUUAGCCCUCCGCCCUCAGAGAUUAUCCUGCCCUGCACGUCCCUUGAUGCUCCGCUGGAAGCACCUCUAGCUGAGGCAGAGACCGAAAAAGAAGAAGAAGAGGUGGACGAAACCGAGGAGGACGACAGCGAGCUCGGAGCGUCCUGCUCUGAAAAGCGUCUCUCGAUGGAAUCAGGCUACGGUGCCUCUGAUAAACUGCUGGACAACAUGGAAAUGAGAGACCUGACCGCCAACCAAUCAGAAAUCCCCUCGGAGCGCUUGUCCCUCCCACCGUCGCAGAUGGAUGGGAAGCUGGCCAAUAGGGAUAGCGGUAUCGACAGCAUCAGUUCACCCUCGCACAGUGAGGAGUUAUGUUUCGUUGGGGAUGAGGACCGGAUCGGUCACGAGAGAGAGAUCUGCCCGUGCAGCCCGGGGCCCGGCCUCUCCUGCGGCUAUACGGAGGGAUCCGGAGGUGAGGGAGCCGGAGGUGUGGACGGGGGCAGAGACUCAGAGGGAGACAGUGAUUUGGAAGAGGGGAGCGGAGAUGAAAGUGAGAUGAACCCCAUGGCCCUACAGCCAGUUCCUAAAGCAGAAAGACAAGACUCGACAGAGCUGUCGGUCCAGCAGCGGGUGUUUAAUAUUGCCAAUGAGCUUUUGCACACGGAGAAGGCGUACGUGUCCAGACUCCAUCUCCUGGAUCAGGUGUUCUGCGCUCAGCUCAUGGAGGAGGCCCGAGCUCGUAACUCCUUCCCCUGUGAGGUGGUCAUGGGCAUCUUCUCCAAUAUCUGCUCCAUCUACUGCUUUCACCAACAGUUCCUGCUGCCCGCGCUGGAGAAACGCAUGGAGGAAUGGGAUCAGAACCCUCGCAUCGGUGACAUCCUGCAGAAACUGGCUCCUUUCCUGAAGAUGUACGGAGAGUAUGUGAAGAAUUUCGACAGGGCUAUGGAGCUGGUUAAUAGCUGGAUGCAACGGUGCUCGCAGUUUAAAGCCAUCAUUCAUAACAUCCAGAAAGAAGAGAUGUGUGGGAAUCUCACCCUACAGCACCACAUGUUGGAGCCGGUGCAGAGGAUUCCUCGCUACGAGCUCCUGCUCAAAGACUAUCUGCACCGUCUGCCAGAGGACGCGGACGACUUCAAAGACGCUCAGAAAUCUCUGGAGCUGAUCGCCACAGCAGCGGAGCAUUCCAACGCAGCCAUCAGGAAGAUGGAACGCAUGAGAAAGCUGUUGAAGGUGUACGAGCUGCUCGGUGGAGAGGAGGACAUUGUUAACCCAACUAAUGAGCUCAUAAAAGAGGGACACAUCCUGAAAUUGUCGGCCAAGAACGGGACUUCACAGGACAGAUACCUCAUUUUGUUUAAUGACAGGUUGUUGUACUGCGUCCCCAAACUGAGGCUGAUAGGACAGAAGUUUGGGGUCCGAGCGAGGAUCGACGUAGACGGAAUGGAGCUGAAGGAAACCAGCAGUAUGAAUGUACCUCGGACGUUUCUCGUGUCCGGAAAACAGCGUUCGCUGGAGCUGCAGGCGAGGACGGAGGAAGAAAAGAGAGAUUGGAUUCAGGCAAUCCAAGCCACUAUACAGAGACACGAGCAGACGCUGGAGACCUUCCGGAUGCUCAACUGCUCAUUUCGUGAGGAGGAUUUCACGCCCCCCCACUCUCCGAAUUGCACAGAGCUCGGAAAGCGAGCGCCCACUCCCAUCCGGGAGAAAGAGGUCACGCUGUGCAUGAAGUGUCAGGAGCCGUUCAACUCCAUCACCAAAAGACGACAUCACUGCAAAGCCUGCGGCCACGUGGUGUGUGGAAAGUGUUCGGAGUUUCGUGCCCGUCUUUUGUACGACAACAACCGAGCCAACCGCGUGUGUAUAGACUGCUACACUACACUCGUGGGCGUCCCGCCCUCUCCAGCCACUUUAACCAACAGCGCGCAUAGGCGGCGCUCCAUUCUGGAGAAACAGGCGUCGGUGGCCGCUGAGAACAGUGUGCUGUGUAGUUUUCUGCAUCAUAUGGAGAAGGGAAGUGGCCGUGGAUGGCAGAAGGCUUGGUUUGUCAUUCCGGAGAACGAACCACUGGUGCUGUAUAUCUAUGGUGCUCCACAGGAUGUUAAAGCCCAACGCAGCAUCCCCCUCAUCGGGUUUGAGGUGUCUCCUCCCGAGUCAGGUGACCGUCUGGAACGCCGCUACGCCUUCAAAAUGAGCCAGAGUCAUUUGACCGUUUACUUCAGCGCUGACAGCGAGGAGCUGCAGCGACGCUGGAUGGAGGUCUUGUCGAGGGCCGGCAGGGGCGAGGAGCUGCAGUCCAACGGUCCGAUUUGCGAAGCCCUCGAGGAGGAAGUGGAGGAGCCAGCGCUCGCGGGAGAAAGCACAUGAUUGGCUGAAAACGAUGACAUCAUUUUGCACACACAAAAACUACAAAUGUGACCAGGAUAUGAUAGACAAAAACACACACACAAACACACAGACCUUCUCUCUAACACACACCUGUAUUAAUUGUCAGUUGCAUGAAAUAUCUACAGUAUGUUUCUCCGUGUAUUGCUCAUCUCGUGUGAGUGACCAGUGUUUGCAACAAUCAAGCGUGCACACUUUAGAGACGACAUAUUAAAGGACAUGUGAUAAUACGCAUCAAUGUGCAUCAGCCACUAGCGGUCUCUAUGUUAAACCAACUGUUUCUGCCGAAUCUUAAGGUGCUGUGAAGUGGUUUCUUCUAACUCUGUACGGAUCGCUGCAAGCCUGCAGUCUUUUUUUAGCGAUGCAAGAGGGUCCUGUGUUAAUGUCUGUGGUGAGAUGACCACCGCGUGAAUGUUCGGUGUGGUUUCAUGAAAGGUUUAGAUACUAAGGCCCGGUUUCACAGACAGGGCUUAGCUUAAGCCAGGACUAACCCUUAGUUAAAUUUUGAUAGCUUUUUUAAAAAUGUUUACGUAAAAAACAUUACUGGUGUGCAUCUAGAGACAAAACAAUGGCAAUGACAUAUUUUAAGAUAUUUCAGGGCAAGUUAUUUUCUUUCUAAAACGGCUUAAACUUGAGCCUUAAACCUUGUCUGUGAAACCGGGCAUAAGAGUCUUUAAGAAGGUUUAGACACAGAUUCUACGGUUUAAUACCCCAAAAGCAGUUUAAAGAGCGACUGACACAGAUUGGAAAUGUAUUUUAAAUGUAAGCAAACCAAUAUUUGUGGCAAUAAUCCGCUCGGAAAGAGGAUCAAAUACUGGAUUUUUGUUACAGCGAGCGGUGAUUUGUCAAAGGGUUGGCCACCAUGCAAGCCUGCUUUUUUCUCAGAAAGUGUACACGUGGUCAUCAGAAACCGAGCUGCUGGAAAACGGCAGAAGUAUUUUAUUAUAACACAAAUAUCUGGUCUUUAUUCUGCCCCCAUGUGGACGUUCAGCCGUGCACAGACCCUUCUGUUUAAACUAAUGGGAAAAAUUCUUCUGAGAAGUGAGAUGUGUGUAAUGGGAAUGUUAUCGACGGGAUGAACGAGAGAUUCUGACUUGUCCGAGUGCGCGACGGUUUUAUGAAUGACGUGGUGUUUGGAGUAUUUAAUAAGACUGCAGAUACUAUAUGAAGAUGUGUAUGAAUCGGGCUUGUUUUUUAUCAUUGUGAAUUCAAUGAUAUCCCUGCCUUACUUUGAUGGUUUUUGAUAAAUAUAGAUUAUAUAUCUAGAUAUAUAACUAAGACGUGGGAAAGGUUUUCAUGAGGCUAUCAAACGGUUUCAACAGUGUUGUAUUUGUGUAUGAAAAGUGCAAAGGUUAAAGGACAAUUUCCGUUGUAAAUAUAACUUAUUUCUCUGAGCCCAGUUUUGUGGGUUGGGUAUUGUCAAUGAGCUCAGUGUUUGAUCUUUGUUACGUGCCGUUUUAAAUGGACUCACGAGCGUUGUGGUAAAGAAAAGCUUAGGAUCCGUUCUCUUUUGUACCGCUUAGUUGAGAAGUUGAUAUUAGGUGUUUUGGAAAGAGGUUGGUUUUUCCUCUUUUGAAUCAAGUUUCCGACAUGCAUUUGCCAAUGUGAACACCUAAAGGCUGGUUCAGAACCACUUUAACUCUUUUUGUGUUUGAUAUUGCUUUAAUCUCGCUGUUUGUGGUCAAAGACAUCACUUGGUUAAAAGUCAAGAGGGAAAUGGUCCAUGUUUUUCCAAGUUCACCAGCCUGUCUGUUGUUUCCGAAGAGCCGAUGGCUUUUAGGAUGGGCUGCGAAUGACUACAUGUUUACGAUUUGUACUGGUCAUUCCCAUGUCCUCAGCUGAGCCUGCCUGUCUCUUUACACAUUUUCAUCGUCCUGCUUUUAACUGUUUUGCUCUUGAUAUCCUGCCUUAUGAUAUGUGUGACCCUGCGUUUAUCUGUUACUAUUCACAACUGCUUUUUGCCAAAGUAUACAGCAGAAUAUGUGUAUUAGAAAUUGAAAGGUCGUUUUCUGUGUGCGUUUUGUUUGCGACCAUCACAGUUUUAUUCUGUUUGUACGUUUUUUUGCUACCUGUAUUUAUGAUCUUUUUUUACUCCUUAAGGUGUUUGUAGUGAGGCUUGUGAAACUUUGUGAGGCGUCAUCUACAACUGACACCUCACACAAAGUUAAACAUGACAAAAAUUCAAGUAAAUGCACCAUACAAAAUUUUUUGGGGGGAGAUUACGGCCCGGUUUCACAGAGACGGCUUAGUUUAAACCAGGACUAUGCCUUCGUUGAAUUAAGAUAUUUAUGUCGCUUUUAUCAAAAUGCUUUAGAAGAACACACUACUGGUGUGCGUCUCGAGACAAAACAAUGGCACUGAUAUAUUUGAAGAUAUUUCUGGGCAAGUUAUAUUCAGUUAAGACAGGUCACACAUUCAUUUUAGUCUGGGACUAGCCUUAAACCUUUUCUGUGAAACCGGGCCUAUAAUUUAUUGUUUCUGUAUUCUGUAGUCCCACGAUAAUCGGAUGUUAAUUCAGAAUUUGAUUUAACAAAAGCCUCUUCAAAAAUUCUCUUUACUUAGUUGUGUUUUAAGGGUAGAUAAUUCCCUGAAAUUCAUCGAUUUACUCAAAGGUUAAUGUACGAUUACAGUUAACUACAUGUCCCCCCAAAAGUAAGACACUGCAAGUAAUUUUAGUAAGACUACAUUACCAAAUGUGCUUUUUAAGCACUUGUCGGAACAAUUGUGUAAGCAUCUUUGAUCUGACAUUAAGCUAAGACAAAGAGCUGCUUUCUCGAUUUUCCAUCAAGGGAUUCGCUUUGUGUUUAUAAAUAACACAAUGACAUGAUGGGAUCAGGAAUUCAGUUUUCCUGCAUAUUGCUCUACCUAAAUAAACAGGCUUUAUAGGUAAUCAGAGCUUCUAAGCAGUGCGGGAUUUAAUGUGGUGUAAUAAUGCUACUGUUUCAAGGACUAUUCACAUGGCAGUCUGGUCAAAUUUGAGCAAGAAAUGUUUGGGAGCAAUGUUCAUUUGGAAGAGACCAUUUCAUCUGUAUGGUGCAGAGCAGAUGAAUGUUAUGUUGUGUAUAUAUUGUAUAUCCUUUCUCAAAUCGACAUACCAAAAGAUUGAAUGAAUAGCACAGUCUGUUGAUGUUUCAAGACCUGGGCUUUUGACUUGAGUAUUAUAAUUCUUAUUCAAUUUCAUGUCCUGAUCUUAUUGCACCAGAUUCGAUUCUACCAUGAGUACGAGUACUUACAAACUUUUAAACCUGUUUAUUGUCAUCAGGCUUCUGUAUCUCUUUUAUAUGGAUGUGUAACAGACACUAAAGAGAAAUAUGUGCUAAUUCUGAGAGAAUGGGCAGACCUUUGGUUUGCUCAUAGAUGUUAAUGAUUACCUGCAUUUAUCCCUCCCCUUAGUGACAUCAUCACAUCAUGACAAACAAGAGGUGUACUGGGAUAAAAUCCUCUGAUCUUUUUUUUUUUUUUGCUGAUGCAUGUCUGCAACAAAUCAGCAGAACGGAAUAUGUAAAACAUUGCCAGAUAGCCCAAGUAGAACUUUUCACGGACAGCCGAGACCUUGUUAUUUAAGCCUCCCUCCAACGACCAACAAAUGACUCCAUUAUGAGCGUUGAUAUGUAUGUUUUGCCAAGCUUAUUAGCCAAACCAUCACACUAUAUGGCACAAUUAUACAUGCUAUUGUUUUUCCUCAUGAAACUUGUUUUAUUGUACACAUAAUGGGUAUUACUGUUAUUUCAAGUACUAUUAUUAUUAUUGUUAAUUAAAUUAGUGGCAGGCCACUGGGUACCAUUGUAUGUUAAUAUCCCAAUGAAAUCUGUGCAAGAACAUGAAAAUGUUUAUGAAAUAAAGUAAUAAAA